UAUGCAUAGGAUAAUGUCAAGUAUGAUGUAUAACUAAUAGAAACAUUAGUUAUACACAAGUUGAAAAAAAUAUACCAAACAAGGCAUUAGUAAUACAUACAGCUAAUGUCUGCAUUACGCUACUUACUUCUCUUCGUACAAUGAUUCUUAAAGCUGUAAAUAUGCACCUCCGUCUAUAUAUAUGCCAGUUUUCGGCCACUAUUGUACGAGCCCCACAGACUCAACAACUACAAAAGAAAAUACAGUUCCAGAAUUCAGAGAUUAGUGUUGAGUGGUCUUUUCAUUGAUAUUUCAGACUUCUCCAUAUAAAAGAAAGAGCUUCAAGCAUUCAAACAUAAAAAACCGCUAAACAUCCCUCCCAUUUCUUCCCCUGCUCCAUGAACGGUAGCUUAUAACAAGAAUAACUCUUUUUAUCCAUUUCUAUGGACUAUGUAAAUCUUCUACUUCUUCUCCUUAUGUUCUGUACUUUCAUGCAAUCAAUUCCUUGUUUGUCUAUAAAGCAAUUACAGCAGUCAGUUAUUCUUCCCCUCAGAGCCAAGAAAAUAUCAUCCUACUCCAUCCCUAAACCACCUAAUAAAGUUGCUUUCCACCAUAAUGUUUCCCUUACAGUCUCUUUAUCUGUUGGAUCGCCUCCACAACAAGUUACCAUGGUCCUCGAUACAGGGAGUGAACUUUCUUGGCUUCAUUGCAAGAAGACUCCAAGCACACCCUCCACGUUCAACUCCCUAAUUUCUUCUUCCUACUCUGCCAUCCCAUGUUUGUCCACCAUAUGCAGGACAAAAACCCGGGAUUUCACGCUACCCGUUUCUUGCGACACGAAUAAGCUCUGCCAUGUUACGCUAUCCUAUGCCGAUGCUUCUUCGGUCGAAGGUAAUCUUGCUGCGGAGACUUUCCAUAUCGACAAUUCGAAUUUACCCGGGAUGGUGUUCGGGUGCAUGGAUGCCGGUUCAAGUUCAAACCCGGAUGAAGACUCCAAGACUACCGGGUUGAUAGGAAUGAACCGUGGAGCUUUAUCUUUUGUUUCCCAAAUGGGUUAUCCGAAAUUCUCUUACUGUAUUUCGGGUCGUGACUCUAACGGCGUUCUCCUAUAUGGAGAAGCAAAUUUGCCAUGGCUCAGACCCCGGAAAUACACACCGUUGGUUCAAAUGUCAACUCCGUUACCCUAUUUUGACCGGGUGGCUUAUACAGUCCAGUUGGAAGGAAUCAAAGUUGCGGGUACGGUUUUAAACUUGCCCAAAUCCAUUUUCGUACCGGAUCAUACCGGAGCGGGUCAAACCAUGGUUGACUCAGGUACCCAAUUCACUUUCCUACUUGGCCCGGUUUACACAGCAUUGAAAAAUGAGUACAUGAAUCAAACCAAAGGUAUGUUAAGAAACUUGAACGACCCAAAUUUCGUGUUCCAAGGGGCAAUGGACUUGUGUUACCUAGUGGAGUCGACUCGUACGAAUUUACCCCCAUUGCCAGCAGUAACUUUGAUGUUUCGAGGUGUGGAAAUGAGUGUCACUGGGGAAAAACUACUCCAUAAAUUAGUAGGGGUAACAAGAGGUAGGAAUCAAGUUUACUGUUUUACCUUUGGAAAUUCGGAUUUACUAGGGAUAGAGGCCUCUAUCAUUGGACAUCAUCACCAGCAAAAUUUCUGGAUGGAAUUUGAUUUGGAAAACUCCAGAGUUGGAUUAGCUGAAGUUAGUUGCGAAUUGGCAAGUCAAAAAUUAGGACUAGACCUUUAAUUAAUCUUAUUUUUAUAGAGUUUAGCUAUCUUGGUGAACCAUACCUUUUUGUUUCUAUGUCUCUUACUAGUUAAAUUUGCAAUUUGUAUUUGUAAAUAAGUAAGUGUGGUAGGACUAUGUACAAUCCACGGUUUAGCUGUUUCCCGGAUGGGCCAUUGAGUGGUCAUGCCAAGUUUGUUCUUUUGUUUGAUUGAAGAAAGCACAGCCAAAGCUGUGGAAAUUGGGAAGUGUGAAAAGAUUUUUCUGUUCUCAA